AUGCCUUACCCCCAUCUUGUCUUUGGUGGAGGCUACAUCGGCACCACCGAAACAUUCAAUACCCCGCAGUCCAUCAACGAUGCCUUGGGCAUUGUGAACGAGUACAAAUGUACCGAAAGCAUCAUGCAGAUUGAUACUGCGCAUAUGUAUUAUGGUGGCGAAGAAUUACUUGGACAAACCCAGGCGAGUCAUAACUUUAUUAUCGAUACAAAGCUGACCGGUGGGUUUGACCCGGGCUCGCUAUCUCGAGAGCGGGUGAUGAGCGAUGUAAAUAAAUCAUUGGAACAGCUACAGGUGAAGAAACUGGGGAUUCUCUACCUUCACGCCCCGGAUGAUACCAUCCCAAUUGCUGAAACUCUCUCAGCAGUGAAUGAGCUACACAACCAAGGCAAAUUUACGCGAUUCGGCCUAUCAAACUAUGCCCCAUCCCAAGUUGAAAUGGUUUACACCCAUUGCCAAACACAUGGCUACAUACUCCCAAGCGUGUAUCAGGCGAACUAUUCGGCAGUCUCCCGCAAACCAGAGAGGGUACUCUUCCCCCUCCUCCGUAACCUGUCUAUGUCAAUCUACGUCUACUCACCUCUCUCGGGAGGGUUUCUGUCCAAAACCCGCGAUCAAAUCAUGGCCGCCACGGGUAGAUUUGACGAUACAACUUUCCGGGGUGGGAUAUACGUGCACAUGUACCGCAAACCCAUCUACCUCGACGCGUUGGACGAGUGGAAUGAUAUCGCCCAGUCGGCGGGGUGUAGUAAAGCGGAUCUGGCGUAUCGGUGGGUGCGGUAUCAUUCUUUUCUGCGUGGCGAGUGUGGCGAUGCUGUGUUGUUUGCGACGAGCAGUCUGGAGCAGCUGAGAAUGACGAUGAAGGGAUUUAAAGCUGGGCCGUUGGGUGAGGAUAUCGUUCACCGGGUGAACAGAUUGUGGGGGACUUUGGAAGCCCAUGCGCCGGGGGAUACGUUUGAGGCGUUCCAGAGCAUGCUUUCUGCUAGGCAGGCAUGA